AUGUGUGUAUAUAUGUAUGUUGUGAUUGCGGUAUAUGCUAAGCCGGCAAUCAUAGAUGCAGCUACGCUGAAAAUGCUCAAUAACUGCCGCAAAGAGAACAACGUGUCCGAAAAAGAAUUAGGUCAGUACAUGGCUAAUAAAUUGGAUGCCGCUGAUUCCACACACAACUUUAAGUGUUUCGUCAAGUGUACAAUCGAAAAGUUUGGUUUCUAUAAAAAUAAUAUGCUGGAUGAGGUAUUGGCCACCAAAUUUAUUAUGGAUAAUUCCAAGGACAAGCAAUCGAAUGAGGAGUCUGUCAAGGAUGUAAUAAAAAAAUGUAAUCAGAUGAAAGGGGCCGAUGCCUGUGACACAGCCAGUCAGAUUGUGUCGUGUUUCGUUAAAGCGGAAUUGAAAGUUUUCCAAUAA